AUGGCGGGCAAAAUGGUGUUAUACAAGUUGGUAGUACUAGGCGACGGAGGUGUCGGAAAGACGGCCUUGACCAUACAAUUGACAUUACAACAUUUCGUUGAAACGGUAAGCAAAUCAAUCCCCCUUUCCAGCGCCAGUCCAUCACCGGGCUUCCAGUCUAUCGAUGCAAACCCAGUAACCAUACUGAUUCACCCUUUUCAGUAUGAUCCUACGAUCGAAGACUCCUAUCGAAAACAAGUGGUGAUCGAUGGUCAGUCCUGCAUGCUAGAAGUGCUUGACACGGCAGGUCAAGAAGAAUACACAGCCUUGCGAGAUCAAUGGAUUCGUGACGGAGAAGGCUUUGUGUUGGUUUACAGCAUAUCCUCGAGGUCGUCUUUCACGCGAAUCACAAGAUUUCACAACCAGAUACAACGGGUCAAAGAAUCAUCCUCAUCCUCGCCAUCAUACCCCGGAUCACCGCUAUCUGCAACAGGUCCUCAGGCGCCGGUUCCAAUCAUGUUGGUGGGUAACAAGAGUGAUAGAGUGACAGAACGAGAGGUUUCCACUCAGGAAGGGCAUGCUCUAGCAAGGGAGUUAGGCUGCGAGUUUGUUGAAGCAUCUGCCAAAAAUUAUAUCAACGUUGAGAAGGCCUUUUAUGAUGUAGUAAGACAACUACGACGGCAGCGAACGGCGAACAGCAGUUCGAAAGCGCCCAUGACCAGCAAAACAAGUCGAUCACAAACUGGAGAAUUAUCUUCGAGAGAUCAUGGACGGAUAUACCGACCUAAAAAGAACAAAUGCACCAUAUUAUGAGAUGACACAUUACGAAUCGCAGAAUUACAAUCCAGCUUCUUGCUAUUUCACUUUGCAUAAUGUUGUUGGCCUUCUCUCAAUAACUUCUCUCAGUAUUCUAUGGGCCGUCUGUUUUUCAUAGCCUCCCAAUUAUCGACUCAUAUUAUUUCCUCGGCGCCCAAUUUUUCAACACGAUUUGGCGAAAGGAGUAUCAAAAAGAGGCACAUGGCGUAUUUCAUGAUCACACGACUGGGAACAACUACCAGAGAUAAAGAUUUCUAUUUCCGACACUCCUCAUACAAACGGCAUUCAGUUUUUCUUCCCUGGCGCAUGUUCUUGCUUGUUUUUGGGACCAAGGGCGGUUUUAUAUCUUCCUGCGAGAUUUCACGGCAUUUUCAAAUGAAUUUUUUCAAGUUCAAUCUUCUAUACAAAGUCGAUAUCCUGAUAGCGAGUUUGAUAUUUUCUGGUUGUCUUUUUUUCUCUUGGAAUUCUGGGAGAGCGUGAAGUAAGGAAGCAAGCGAGCAAGCAAGCACAAAUCCAUUUCACCAUCAAUGGUCACAUUGAAGGGGGUUAUCUAUCUGUAAGCAGUCGAUGGAAUUUGGAAUUGGGAUAGAUUUGGGGUCCGUUUUUUGGGGGUGGGGGGUUAAGAGGGUAUUUGGGGAAAGAGAGCAAAGGCCGGGUUAGGUAGGUAAGCCAGAGAGUUGUUUUUUUUUUUUCAAGAGAGACAAAAAAACCCCCCCAAAUAUAACAUUCGCGAGCAGCGAGAUGAUCAAAUGAAAAAUCAAAAUCCUUUCUUCUUGAAUU